GCAGUGCGCAUGAGCGGCGGCCCAUGGAGCGUUGGGGUCCCGGGAGCAGAGACACUGUCCGGAGAGCGCGUUGGCGGCUGCGGGCCGGGGCGGAACGUGGCACUCAGACUUGUGGAGCAGGGGCCGUAAUUUUCAGAGGAGGAACAGCCUGGCGAAUGAGGUCCCUGGCAGAGCGAUGAAGGGGCAGCAGAAGACAGCGGAAGCGGAGGAAGGCACAGUGCAAAUCCAGGAAGGUGCGGUGGCGACUGGGGAGGACCCCACCAGCGUGGCCAUCGCCAGUAUCCAGUCAGCCGCCACCUUCCCUGACCCCAACGUCAAGUACGUCUUCCGAACUGAGAAUGGGGGCCAGGUGAUGUACCGGGUGAUCCAGGUGUCUGAAGGGCAGCUGGAUGGCCAGACCGAGGGCACCGGAGCCAUCAGUGGCUACCCCGCUACACAGUCCAUGACCCAGGCAGUGAUCCAAGGAGCCUUCACCAGUGAUGAUGCUGUGGACACGGAGGGGACAGCGGCUGAGACGCACUACACCUACUUCCCUGGUGGCUCAGUGGGCGACGGAGCCGGGGGCACAGCAUCAGGGAGCACGGCGGCUGUGGUCACCACCCAGGGCUCAGAGGCCCUUCUGGGACAGGCCACCCCCCCUGGCACUGGCCAGUUCUUUGUGAUGAUGUCGCCGCAGGAGGUGCUGCAGGGGGGUGGCCAACGCUCCAUCGCCCCCCGGACUCAUCCCUACUCCCCGAAGUCAGAGGCUCCUCGGACCACCCGGGAUGAGAAGCGCAGGGCCCAGCAUAAUGAAGUGGAGCGCCGCCGCCGGGACAAGAUCAACAACUGGAUUGUGCAACUGUCCAAGAUCAUCCCCGACUGUUCCAUGGAGAGUACCAAGUCCGGCCAGAGUAAAGGGGGGAUCCUGUCCAAGGCCUGCGAUUACAUCCAGGAGCUGCGGCAGAGCAACCACCGCCUCUCAGAGGAGCUGCAGGGCCUGGACCAGCUGCAGCUGGACAAUGAAGUGCUUCGCCAGCAGGUGGAAGAUCUGAAGAAUAAGAAUCUCCUUCUUCGUGCACAGCUGCGACACCACGGGGUGGAGGUGGUUAUCAAGAAUGACAGCAACUGAGGGCUGGGGCCUUCCUGAGGACUGCAGGGGUGCAGGAAACGGAGCAGAUGCCAGCAGGGACCCAGGGUCAGCUUAUGGUUGCUUGCCACUGGCCCCUUGGGGAUGGUUCAUGCCUACCCUGUGCAUGGUGUCCACUGGCCAGGCCCAGUGUUUUGGACUGCGUUCCCUAGCCUCUUCCUGUCCCAGGAGCUCAGGGGGGCCCAGGGAUCCUGGGACAGGCCUGAGGCACUGGGCGGUGCCCAGGAGGGUGCUGGCAAGCUGGGAGUCUGGGAGGAUGGGCUGCCCUGAGGGCCCGAUUCUCUUUUCUUUCUUAUUUUCCUUUUUCUAAUAUAAAACGUUCAGGGCUA